GAAUCGUGACGGUCAACGUUUUGUGUAUUCUCUUCUCGGAUGGAAAGGUCCCGUCAAGACCUGGCUGGGAUAACUAACGGCAGUAUGAUGUCUGUAGAGGCUCCAUUAGUCAAGCAGGAGCCUGACGACGAGAAUAACGGGGGCUUGUGCGGUGUGAACGGGACGCCUGAUGUAUUUACUGACGAAGUGCCCGUUAAAGAAGAGUUGAACACUGAAGACCAUGUGAAAGAGGAGCCCACUUGCUCAGACAGCACAGACCCUAGUGCCGCACUGUACGAGGACCACCUUGUUAAGGAUGAGCUUGUGCUGGGCCCUGAGCUUUUUCACCAACCUCAUGUAGCAUCGCUUCCAACACUUGAAGCGGGUUCCGCGCAAUGGCUGAGCUGCACUGUCAGACUGGAGCGCCUGCUGGUUGACACGGAGCGCCGCACUUGCCGAGUCGGGCGCCGCAACUACAAGCUUCACACCAAGCAACCAAAUACUAAAUAUGAAUGCAAUGAUUGCGGCAAAAAAUUCAAAUACCUCGCAGUUUAUAAGAAACACAUACACAUUCAUUCUUUAACUUCACUUAAUUCCCGCAAGAAUGUUGAGUCAAACAGAAAAAGUAAGAUUAAAAGUGACUAUUGUGACAUCAACCUUAAAAAAUCAGACUUACGAGCUCAUGAAGGCAUACCUACUAUUGAAAAACUUUACAAAUGUAAGAAUUGCGAUUAUAACUGUAUUCGCAAAGGACACUUGUUAAAACAUCAGAAGAUACACAUUGGUGAAAAGCCAUUUAAAUGUUCCGAGUGUAAUUUUGCGUGCAGUCUGAAAGUCAACCUUGGACGUCACCAACGAACACAUACUAGCGAGACACCUUACGGAUGUAGAUACUGCGGUUUCAAAUGCAAGGAUAGAACCACGUUAAAAAGUCAUGAGAUGAUACACACGGAUGAAAAGCCUUUUAAGUGUAGGUAUUGCGAUCACAAAUGUAGAACGAAAGGAAACUUACGGAGUCACGAGAGAAUACACAAUAGAGAGAAGCCAAAUAAACGAAAUUUAAAAAUACAUGAGAUGAUACACACAGAUGAAAAGCCUUUGGAAUGCAAAUAUUGUGAUUACAAAUGCAGUAGGAAACAAGACUUACGAAUUCACAAACUAGUACACACCAUGGAGAAAUCGGAGAACUGUAGCUAUUGCGAUUUCAAGUGUAGAGAUAAAAGGAAUUUAAAAAGACAUGAGAGGAUACACGGGGAUGCGAAACCCCUUAAAUGUGGCAAAUGCGAUUAUAACAGUAUUCGGAAAAGGGAUUUCCACAAACACCAGAAGACACACACCGGUGGAAAUCUAUUAAAGUUCAGCUUAUGUGAUUACAAAUCGGAUAAAAGAAGUAUAAAAAUACGGGAUAUAACACACAGGGAUUCCAAGCCUUUUAAAUGUAGUGACUCUGAUUACAAGAGUACACGAAAAAAUGAUUUCCGAAAACACCAAGUGACACACAUUAAUAACCGCUUUCAUAAAUGUGACUAUUGUGAUUAUACAUGUCGUAAGGCAUGUAAUUUACGCCGUCACCAAAUGAUACACACCGGCGAGAACCCCUUUGAAUGUAAACACUGUGAUUUCAAAUGCAAUCAAAAAACCGUCUUGAUUAAUCACGAGAAAAUACACACUGGGGAUAAACCAUUCAAAUGCAGCUAUUGUGAUUUCAGAUGCAGUGUUAAAACAAACUUACGCAGUCACGAGAAAGUACACACUAGGGAAAAGCCAUAUCAAUGUGAUGAUUGCGAUUUCAAGUGUAUAAUGAAAUCAGAUUUACGACUACACCAAAUGAUACACACGGGUGAUAAACCUUUUAAAUGUAGUCACUGUACUUAUGAAUGUUCCAAGAAAUGUAAUUUAAAGAGACACGAGUUGAUUCACAAUGAAGAAAAGAGUUUUAAGUGUGGUAACUGCGCGUACGAGUGUAGACAGAAGGCAGCCUUACGCAGACAUCAGCAGGCGUACGGUGGACGCUGUUUUCGGCGUGAUAAAGCAGAUCUCGCUUUAUAACAUCGCGCGAGUGAAACGAGCUUUACUUUUUGACGUUCUAAAAUAAAACUUGCAGUUUAUCAUUACUAUGUCAUUGAUAGCG